ACAAUGUCGCCACACGAUUUUCAAUUCGGUUUUGGGCGUUCUUAAUUUCAAGUACAUCAAUUGCAUACCCGAAUAGUGUACUUAAAAUGAUGCGUCUCUUUGUUUUGAUUAGUUUUGUCUUUCUGGUGGCGAAUGGCGCAUCCAUUCAGACAUCCGAAGAUGAAGUUGUGGCUGCAGUUUUGCGACAAAUGGAAGUUAUGGAUUCUGAAAACUACACAGUGGAAAGUAAAAUUAAGUCAGAUGGAUACCCUGUAGAAACACAUCAUGUUACCACUACAGAUGGCUAUAUUUUAACAUUGCACCGAAUUCCCUAUGGUAAAAGCAAUCGAAACCUAGGUAAAGUGGCAUAUCUUCAACAUGGAGUUCUUUCUUCUUCCGCUGACUGGACGGUUUUGGGAGAUAGCAAAGCAUUAGCUUAUAUGCUGGCUGAUGAAGGCUACGAUGUAUGGAUGGGAAAUGCUAGAGGUAACUCGCAAUCCAGAUCCCAUAUAACAUAUGACCCAGAUAAAAACACGGAAUUCUGGCAGUUCUCCUGGCAUCAGAUUGGUGAGAUUGAUCUUCCCCAAAUGAUCGACUACGUCUUGAAUGUUACAGGAGCUGACGGGGUGUAUUAUGCUGGACAUUCCCAAGGAACUACUGCAUUUUAUGUAAUGACUUCAAGUCGGCCUGAAUAUAAUGACAAAAUCAAAGUACAAGUUAGUUUGGCUCCCAUCGGUUUUAUGAAUCACAUGACUAGUCCCUUAAUGAAAAUCAUGGCCUUCUGGGAUUCCGAACUAGAGCUCUUGUUGAAUAUUAUUGGAAUGAACGAAUUCCUUCCUAAUAAUGAUUUUAUGAAAAAUGUCAUGUCAGAUGUCAUAUGCAGUGAAAACUCAAUAACUCAAUUGCUUUGCACUAACACACUGUUUGCUAUCUGUGGCUUCAGUUAUUCAGAAAUGAACACUACUCUAUUGCCACUAAUGAUGAAAUAUACACCAGCAGGAGCAUCGACAAAGCAGCUUUUGCAUUAUGCCCAAGAGGUUAAUUCAGGUCAAUUUCGUCAGUAUGACUUUGGACUUCUGUCUAAUAUGAACAAAUAUGGUUCACUCUUCCCUCCACAAUACGACUUGUCAAAAAUAACAGCUCCAGUUUACUUAAUUUACAGCCAAAACGACUGGCUUUCUGCUGAAAAGGAUGUUGACAAACUCUGUAACGACAUUGGCGCUGGUUGCAAAGGAAUGAUCCUUAUGAGCGACUUCCAGUUCAAUCAUCUUGAUUAUAUGUUUGGUAUUCGUGCUCCUACUUUGGUAUAUAAUAAAGUAAUUAGUUUGUUUGCUAGACAUUGACGAAAUCCAUCAACUAAUAGGAAAUGUAUUUAUUUAUUCAUUAUUAUAAAUUAUCCGUACUAUCAUAAUAAGACAGUUUUGUUCAUAAA